CUUUACAGUUUGUUAAAUAAAUCACGACUGAAAUACUGCAUUUUCUUUCAUGCACUGUUAUUCUUUGUCAUGUUAGCCAAGCUAACCUCUGACAUUUUGGAUCGUCUCGAUAUAUUUGUACUGGAAAUCGAAGAAUUAGAAGUGCCCGCUCCGCUAUGGUGGGAAUACAUAUGGUUAGCUUCGCUAUUAACCUCAUUUUUGGGUCUCUCAGCCGCUAAAAGCAAUAAAAUACGUGAUAUGCAAAAAUAUAUGAUUGCAUUAGGACUAUUUGCUGUUAUGCCUUUAAUGUAUUGUUUCAUCUAUUAUUUUGCUGAUGUUUGGGAGUACUUGACUUUGGAUGAUAAAUCGGAAUUGGAGGAAACUGGCAUAUUUUUGUGGAGGGGUCUUCCUUAUGGUCUAUUAUGGUAUGCUUUCUGUUUUGUCGGUUUCCAAAUACAUGGUUUUACUUUGUAUUUCUCCUAUAAUUUGGUUAAAGCCUGGAAGGCUCGCACUGCCGCUAGGAAAUAUCAAUAAAUUUAUAACUAAUUUUUAUUUUUUGUUUAAAUUUACUACUGAGUUUCUGUUUUUUUAUUUUUUAUAUAUAACAAGAAAAACUAUAUAAAUGGACUUUUAAAAUACUCUUGUUAAAUAUUGAAAUAUUAAAUAAAAAAAUAAAUUUACUAAAUAGUUAUUAUCAUUAUAAAAAUGAUAAGUACUUAAGAAAUUUAAUAAAACUACACCAUUUCCUAUAGUAUUUUUGGUUGAUUUGUAAUGUAAAAUUUUAAUAAAAUUGGUGUGUUUUAACAGAUUUGGUUUUCUAACUUUAAUGCAAUAAUAUUGUUUAAAAUUGUUUCGAAUACUUUUUGAUAUAAAUGUGUAAUUAUUUUAAAUAAAAACUUUUUAAUUCAUUAAAAAAAUA